UUGAAGCGUGAACAUCGCAAGCACAUUUUUCAAAGAAAAUUUUUAAAAUUUAUUUAUUCUCCUCAGUACAAAAAAAAAAAAAACAACCGAAAAAAUAUGAGUUCAAAUAUGAUCGCUGGCGGCACUGUAGCCACAAACCCCAACGGUGGUCACGAUGUCAAAGUGGAGCUCGCUAAAGGUGUGGGCACACGAGAUGCCAAUGUAGCUGGCAGUGUGGGUGCUUUGGGCAAUACGAAAGGUGGACCGGUCACCACGAGUGCUACAUUGGAGGCGAAUGUUAAAGGUCUGAGCGCCUCCAUGACCAAAGAACGUACACCCGGCAUAAGUGAUUCGCUCACAAAGCAAGCUAAUGCUAAUGUUAUGAUUAAUGAUAAAAACCGUUUGAGUGGUAAUGUUUUCCAAACGGACACAAAAUUGGCGAACGGUUUUGAGUUUCAGAAGAAAGGUGGUUCGUUGGCUUUUGAGCAUGCUGGCGGUCAUGGUGCCGCUAUUGCCAGGGAGACCAUACCCGGUUUUAGUAACUCAGUAACGAAGUCUGCGCAUGUCACGCCAUUCAACAAUGGCACACAUAGUCUGGGCGCUAGUGUAUUUGAUACGAAGAAAUCGUUUGAUUUCGGUCCGAAAUUCCAUGAAACUGGCGGUAAUGUGAAUUGGGCUCAUGCCGGUGGUCAUGCGGCGAGUUUGGGUGUUUCGAAAGUGCAUGAUUUCGGCACGAAAAUGAAUGUUGGUGGUAGCGCGAAUCUCUUCAGCUCAGCUGAUCGUCAAACGAACUUGAAUUUAAAUGCUGGCGGCUCCCGUUGGCUGAGUGGACCGAUGAGUGGUAAAAAUGAUUUCAAUACUGGUCUUGGACUAUCGCAUAACUUUGGUAAUAAGCGUUAAGUUAUGUGAAGGAAAGGAGUUUUGAUAAGAUAUAUAUAUUAUAUAAAUAUAUAUUUAACUUAAUACGAAUAUAAAAGUAUUUAUCCUU